AUGAAAAUUGCGGUGUUUCUGUUACAGCUGGUAGUAGCCGUAGAAUACGAGGCAACGGACCUGAACAAAAUAUCAGCAGACAACAGAUCGAUGCUGAUUAAGGAGUCCAACGACAUAUUCAAUAAUAGUCUGUUUAAUACGAAUGGGUCGUUUAUCGUCACAUCAAUGAAUGCAAAGCCAAAGAAGAAACCACAAAAGAAACCCAAGAAAGAUGACGAAGAAUAA